AACGGAAAAAUGUUUCUCCGAAAAAAACGUUUUCGCUUGUCCAUAUUGUUUGUUAACAAUGUGCAGGUCAGAAUGAAAAUUUUCAACUAUUUAAUGAUAAAAUAUACAAAAUGUUUAACCUCAUACAUGUUAGUAAACUAACAUUUACAGUAGGACCAUUCAAAAGAAGGCAGUAAAAAUUCAUUGGCACCAUUGGUACUUAUAGACUGACUGAGUGCAGCAUGAUUUAUGCAUCAGUGAAGAAUAAAUUUUAACCUGUAAUAGUUGAACAAUCAACUUCCUGUCAAAUCUCUUUUAAUCCUAUCCAUUAAUCUUUUCUUUGUCAUUUAAAUUUCUUGCUCUAUUGUUAAAUAUUUAUACUGCUGUUAAUGAUUAGUAGCCAUAACCUAUUGUUGACUUUUUCUAACAUUGCAAAACUGUGAAAAAGCUUCUUCUAUUUUGAAUUUUAAACAUCAGCAAGCCAGCAAGGAUCUUUUGAUUUACGGCCUUAAGUUUUAAUUGUGGUUGCUUAAAUAAUCGCCACAUAUGUCAAUGGCGUCAGGAAAUCAUGCUACGAUAUCAAAGACCCGCUCGGUUAUGUCUCUAUCGUUAGUUGUCGUCCUGAGUCCUUUAUCUUCAGUUACAACUGUUGAAACAUUAUGUUCGUUGAGUAGUUUUAAUCUCGGGAAAAUCUUUGAAGAUUUUCAAACAAGCAAUAAAGGAAGUAUAAACAUUCGAGUAGAAGAUGCAAUGGAUAAUGUUCAACUUAUUGGGUGGAUUUCUCCCUUUACUUUAUUGAUUCGUGGUUGCUACGAAGAUAUGGAAAUAAUAAGAGAAGCAUGGAGCGGAAGAAUCCUUCAGGCUCCAAAAGGCUUUUUUAUAAAAGAUUUUGGUAUUGUAACAGAAGUUCACAUGGCUCAAACUGCUCAGUCACAAUUUUUAUCAUUAUCGAAAACACUUUGCGAGAUAGUUCUAUCAUUGAAUGAAAAUGGAAUUUCUGCUACAUUUGAAGAGGUCGUCAGAAGAUUAAGCAACAGUUUUGACAGCGUUAUUUUACCACCAACAAGUGCAAUUAAAUACAACUUAGACAUUCUUGUAAAUGAGCUACGACUAUUUUUAAUAAAGGGACACUACUAUCACAGGUCAGUCACUCCAUUUCUUGAAGCAAAAGAACAUACACAACUGACAAAAACACUAAACAAAACAUACAAAUCUAAAAAUGAACUUAAAAACUAUGAGCAGCAAAAGACACAAGUGAAUAUAACUGCCCAAACAAAAAUAAAAAAAAACAAAAGAGCACAAAAAACUAAAAAGUCAGACAAAUCAAAUACCUUUAAAACUCGUAAAUUAAAGCAAUUUUUACCUUGUAAACGAUUACCUUACAAACAAUUAGAUGAUAUCGAUGACAAGCACGAAGAAAAACAUUCUAAGGAUAAGAGAAAAGAAGGCAGCAAAGAAAGCUCGUUUCUUGCUAAAGUUUCUCGACUCUUUAAAAUGGAUGACAAUAAAUUGAAGAGUUCAACUGUGGGCAAAUGUAAAACGAAAUCUGAUGUUUCUCACUGGAAGUAUGUUGAUUAUAACAACAAGAAAAAAAAGUUACUUUCAGAUCAAAUUGAAAUUCAAACAACAACGAGAGAUCAACACAGUAAUUGUGGUUAUAAAAACUUGGAUGAAAAUGAACAGGAAAAACAUGAAAAUGCUAUUGCUGACAAGGUGAAACAUCGUAAACACGUCAAAAGAACAAAGGCAAAUCGCAAAAGACGAAGGUUGAGCGACAACAAACGAUAUCACAUGUACUCUAAUGAAAAAUCUUGCGAGAGCUUUGAUCAAUGUUUGGAAAUGAAUAAAGAAAGACAAGAAAACAAAGUGACAAGAAAAUUUUCCUCAAGCUACGUUAAGUUCAAAAAAAUGACAAUCACUGAUUCCAAAUCAAGGAAAACCGAAAAUUGGAAUAUAAAGAAAGCAAACACAUCACAUAAUUUCAGGAAUCAAGAUAAUGAUAUUGAUUCAUUUAGUUCAGACAACAGUCCUCAAUAUCCUGUAUCAUCUGACAACUUUUCAGAAGAUGAGACGACAGACGACGAUCAACACCAAAAUACUACUUCUUCAACAAGAGCAAUUUGUGGAGAUCUAGAACAAAGUUUGUUGUCUUUAAAGCCAUGUCACGUGAUUUCACCAGCAGAUCACACUCUAAAAAAUACUUCACCUCACGCACGAGAAACUGGGACUUCAAGGAGAAGGAAUGAUGACAAUAAUUCAGAAAAUCAUACUUCAAUACAACUAAUUGGAAUUUUAUGAAAUUAUCUUUUUGUUUCUUCUCAUGAUAUAUGUAUAUAUGAUAUAUUGACAAAUUUUCAUUAACCAUGCAAUUUCUAUUUAAGUAAAUUCAACUAUGAUCUGGUGUGUACAGAUGUUCUCUAAAUUCCCUACAAUAUGAAAGUACAACAUAUAAAAAUCAG